GAAAGCAAAAGCAAGAGAAAGCUGGUUGGAGGGCAGCAGCCCCACAGGAGCUCUGACUGGGACCCAGGGCUGGGCCUUAGACACACAACCGCCAGGACUCCUCAACGUCCAGCGACGUCAGGGAGCUCAGCCACAGACAACCCAAAGGCUUCUUGGCAAGCCCGGCGGAAGCCGAGGGACCCACCCCAUGGAGAUAUGCUGGAAGAUAGAGGCGGUCAACGGCUCCAGUGAUGGCUUGGAUUUCAACCCCCUGAAGGAUUAUAUGGUCCUGAGCGGUUCCCAAAAGAUAGCUAUCGCCGUGCUGUGCACCUCCCUGGGGCUGCUAAGCGCUCUGGAAAAUCUGGUUGUGCUCUACCUGAUCCUGUCCUCACACCGGCUCCGCAGGAAGCCCUCGUACCUGUUCAUUGGCAGCUUGGCUGGGGCUGACUGUCUGGCCAGUGUGGUCUUUGCCUGCAACUUUGUGAAUUUCCACGUCUUCCACGGUGUGGAUUCCAAAGCUGUCUUCCUGCUGAAGAUUGGCAGCGUGACUAUGACCUUCACGGCCUCUGUAGGUAGCCUGCUGCUGACUGCCAUCGACCGCUACCUCUGUCUGCGCUACCCACCGGCGUACAAAGCCCUACUCACCCGUGGCAGGGCACUGGUGACCCUGGGCAUCAUGUGGGUCCUCUCAGCAUUGGUCUCUUACCUGCCCCUCAUGGGAUGGACUUGCUGUCCCAGGCCCUGCUCUGAGCUUUUCCCCCUGAUCUCCAAUGACUACCUGCUGGGCUGGCUCCUGUUCAUCGCCCUCCUCUUCUCUGGCAUCAUCUACACCUAUGCGCAUGUCCUCUGGAAAGCCCAUCAGCAUGUAGCCAGCUUGGCUGAGCACCAGGACAAGCAAGUGCCUGGAAUGGCCCGGAUGAGGCUGGAUGUACGGUUGGCCAAGACCCUGGGGGUGCUGCUGACUGUGCUCUUCAUAUGCUGGUUCCCGGUACUGGCUCUCAUGGUCUACAGCCUGGCCACCACUCUGAGCAACCAGGUCAAGAUGGUCUUCGCCUUCUGCUCCUUGCUCUGCCUUGUCAACUCCAUGGUCAACCCCAUCAUCUAUGCCCUGCGGAGUGGGGAGAUCCGCUCCUCCGCCCACCACUGCCUGGCCCGCUGGAAGAAGUGCCUGAGGGGCCUCGGGCCUGAAGGAAAAGAAGAGGUCCCGAGGUCUUCAAUCAGUGAGACAGAGGCUGAUGUGAAAAUCACCCUGGGGCCAGAUUCCAGAGAGCUAUACUGCUCUUAUCGCUGAUGAGGCCUCUUUCACAAUUUUAAAUAAGCCAUGUCAGAAAUCAUUUCACUCCCUGGAGGAGAGUGUCCUUGAUCCUCUCAUCUUACUUGAACCAGCUCUAGAGCCUGGACACUUACCCCUCUUCACUGAGUGUUGGUACUGACCCCUGGAGGGUAGCUGGGCCACGCCUGUCUGAACAUCACCUGUUGGGUAUCCAGGCCCUGUGAGGGGCGGCACGGUGGAGGCAGGAGGCCUGGGACAGGCUCAGUGGAGGUCAUAACAACCUUCCCAACAUGAUGGCUUAGUGCCUGCAUUCUCUAGAGACCACAGGAGCCAGGCGGAGCCUUCAGGUUCAGCAACGAGGGACCUGGAGGAAAUCUGGGAAGAAUGGAUCGUUCUCCUGAGGUCUCAGGGCGUCAGAUGGGAUGGCUGACCGGCCCUUCUUCCUGCUUAAUUGUUCUAGAGCUAUGAAAGACCCCACCUGCAAGUCACCCUUUCCCACAGAGGACCAGGAAUUGCGAUGCGAUGAGGAUCAAAGAUGUUGAUCCACCUCUUGCAGAGGUAAUUGACAAGCCUCCAGCUCAGGGCAUCUUAUUAUUACGGCACUGGCCCUCUCUGACACCCUGAUAAUCCCCACUCACAACCAUUGUGUUCUCUUAGGUACCUGGGGAAUACAGAGGAAGCUGAGAUCACUUGAGACACAGAAUCUUCUGAAAAUUUUAUUGGUCUUGUGAAGUCCUAUUUGGUGGUACCACUGAAAGCAGGCAGUGUCCCAGUCUAACCCAACUCCAAGAAAAAGGAAGAUGUUCACAAAGAUUUUAUAAUCCCCCAAUCGUUUCAGCCAUCCCUCAAUUCAGCCCCUUUGUCUCCUCUACUCCCUAAGCCCUAUAAUGAAUAAUACACAGAGUAAGUGGGAGAAGGGGGAAAUUCCCUUACUAUGUGCCAGUCCAUCCCACAGUCCAUCAUCUCCAGCAGAGAUUCAGCCCCAUGCGUUUGAAGAUCCCAAGACACCCACAUUUUACAUAUCAGGGAGGCUAGGUUCCUACCAAAGGGGCUUAAAGCAGUAGGCAAAAGAAAUCGUUGAUGGUGAGAAGGAUUGCAGAGGAAUUCUAAUGCAAUUACUUGGGACUACAGAUGGAAUAAAAGGAAAGAUAUUGAUUAAACGUGCCUUCAUUUAAUACUU